GUCAGCAUGGAUUCCUGGUUCAUUCUUAUUCUGUUUGGCAGUGGUCUAAUACAUGUUAAUGCCAACAAUGCUACUACAGUUUCACCUUCUUUAGAAGUUACAAAAUUAAUUACAACAUCAACAACAGAAUCAGUUAAGGAGGAGAAUAAAACUUCAAAUCCAACCUCUUCAGUAAUUUCUCUUUCUGAGGCACCAACAUUUAGCCCAAAUCUAACUCUGGAACCCACCUAUGUAACUACUGUUAACUCUUCUCACUCUGACAAUGGGACCAAGAGAGCAGCAAGCACGGACUCGGGAAGCACCACCAUUUCACCAAAUGGAACCUGGCUUCCUGAUAGCCAGUUCACAGAAGCCAGAACAGAACCCUGGGAGGGGAAUUCCAGCACAGCAGCAACCACUCCAGAAACCUUCCCUCCUGCAGGUAAUUCUGACUCAAAAGACAGGAGAGAUGAGACACCAAUUAUUGCGGUGAUGGUGGCCCUGUCCUCUCUGCUAGUAAUCGUGUUUAUUAUUAUAGUUCUGUACAUGUUAAGGUUUAAGAAAUACAAGCAAGCUGGGAGCCAUUCCAAUUCUUUCCGCCUGUCAAAUGGUCGCACAGAGGAUGUGGAGCCCCAAAGUGUACCACUUCUGGCCAGGUCCCCAAGCACCAACAGGAAGUACCCACCACUGCCUGUGGACAAGCUGGAAGAGGAGAUUAACCGAAGAAUGGCUGAUGACAAUAAGCUCUUCAGAGAGGAGUUCAACGCUCUCCCUGCUUGUCCUAUCCAGGCCACCUGUGAGGCUGCCUCCAAGGAGGAAAACAAGGAAAAAAAUCGAUACGUAAACAUCCUGCCCUAUGACCACUCUAGAGUGCACCUGACACCUGUUGAAGGGGUUCCAGAUUCUGAUUACAUCAAUGCUUCAUUCAUUAAUGGCUACCAAGAAAAGAACAAAUUCAUUGCCGCACAAGGACCAAAAGAAGAAACAGUGAAUGAUUUCUGGAGAAUGAUCUGGGAACAAAACACAGCUACCAUCGUUAUGGUGACUAACCUGAAGGAGAGAAAGGAGUGUAAAUGUGCCCAAUACUGGCCAGACCAAGGCUGCUGGACCUAUGGAAAUGUCCGUGUGUCUGUCGAGGACGUGACUGUGCUGGUGGACUACACAGUACGAAAGUUCUGCAUCCAGCAGGUGGGCGACAUGACCAACAGAAAACCACAGCGCCUCAUCACUCAGUUCCAUUUUACCAGCUGGCCAGACUUUGGGGUACCUUUCACCCCAAUUGGCAUGCUCAAGUUCCUCAAGAAGGUGAAAGCCUGUAACCCUCAGUAUGCAGGGGCUAUCGUGGUCCACUGCAGUGCAGGUGUAGGGCGCACUGGUACAUUUGUUGUCAUCGAUGCCAUGCUGGACAUGAUGCAUUCAGAACGGAAAGUGGAUGUCUAUGGUUUUGUGAGCCGGAUCCGGGCCCAGCGCUGCCAGAUGGUACAGACAGACAUGCAGUACGUCUUCAUAUACCAGGCUCUUCUGGAACAUUAUCUGUACGGGGACACAGAGCUGGAAGUGACUUCUCUGGAAACCCACCUGCAAAAAAUUUAUAACAAGAUCCCAGGGACUAGCAACAAUGGAUUAGAGGAGGAGUUUAAGAAGUUAACUUCAAUCAAAAUCCAGAAUGACAAGAUGCGUACUGGAAACCUUCCAGCCAACAUGAAGAAGAACCGGGUUUUACAGAUCAUUCCAUAUGAAUUUAACAGAGUAAUCAUUCCAGUUAAACGAGGUGAAGAGAACACAGACUAUGUGAAUGCAUCCUUCAUUGAUGGCUACCGGCAGAAAGACUCCUACAUUGCCAGCCAGGGCCCUCUUCUCCACACAAUUGAGGACUUCUGGCGGAUGAUCUGGGAAUGGAAGUCCUGCUCCAUCGUAAUGCUAACAGAACUAGAAGAGAGAGGCCAGGAGAAGUGUGCCCAGUACUGGCCAUCUGAUGGCCUGGUAUCCUAUGGAGACAUCACAGUUGAGCUGAAGAAGGAGGAGGAAUGUGAGAGCUACACUGUCCGAGACCUCCUGGUCACCAACACCAGGGAGAACAAGAGUCGGCAGAUCCGACAGUUCCACUUCCACGGCUGGCCUGAGGUGGGCAUCCCCAGUGACGGGAAGGGCAUGAUCAACAUCAUUGCAGCAGUGCAGAAGCAGCAGCAGCAGUCAGGGAACCAUCCCAUCACAGUGCACUGCAGCGCCGGGGCAGGACGGACAGGGACCUUUUGUGCCUUGAGCACAGUCCUGGAGCGCGUGAAAGCAGAAGGAAUUUUGGAUGUCUUCCAAACUGUCAAGAGCCUGCGGCUACAGAGACCACACAUGGUCCAGACACUGGAACAGUAUGAAUUCUGCUACAAGGUGGUGCAGGAGUACAUCGAUGCCUUCUCAGACUAUGCCAACUUCAAGUAACAGAGGACCUGGGAUCUGUCCCCAGCACCCACAUGAUGGCUCUCAACCAUCUAGUUCCAGGGUCCAGUGCCGCCUUCUGAUUUCUUGGACACCAGUCAAGCAAAAGAUGCGCAGACAUACAAGCAGGCAAAACACUCAUACACAUAAAAUAAACUAAGUCUAAGAAAAUUUAAACUGGGCAUAGUGGCAAAGUGUCUUUAAACCCAGCGUUUGGAGGCAGAAGCAGGCAAAUAUCUGUGGGUUCAAGGCAAACCUGAUCUAUAUAAUGAGUUCCAGCACUGCCAGAGCUUCAGAGUGAGACCCUUAGCAUUCAUUUCCUAUUCCUACUAAUAAGGCAACUCUAGGAAGUCACAGUUAGAGCCAUCCUGAAGCUCAUGCCCAGCAUCAACAGUGGUAUCUCUCAUGCUGUUGUCAUUGUCUGAAAGUUGGGUGCACUUGAUUGCCAGUGGCUCUGGUCACCAUUAUGCCAAACUUGUCCCUACCUUCAUAUUUGCUUUUCAACCCAAAUCCAGAAUGGCUAUUAACCCUAUAAAUGUUGCUUUUUACCCCAUUCCCACCCCCAGAGGUUAAUGACUGGCAGUGAAAAGCAGAGCUACUGGCUCACACUUAGGCUACAAAGACCUUUCUCCAGCAACCAAGCUAGUAGGGUCCAGAUCUACAAAUGACUGUGGGUUGAGCACAGGAUGAGGAUUAUCCCUUACUCUCAUACGAGGGGAGACUGCAGGGUCACUUCUGCUGGGCUGCCCUCCUGGGUCUGCUUGGAAGAAAGAAAAGUCAACUCGGUACUACCCCACCUAAGCCUACCUCCAUCCCGAGUGCCUGAGCCCAUGUGCCAAGUAUGUAUUGGUAUGAAGCCUUUUGCAGUGUUUGGGUUUUUUUGUUUGUUUUUGUUUGCUUUUUGGUUUUUUUCAAGACAGGGUUUCUCUGUGUAACUUUGGAGCCUGCCCUGGAACUUGCUCUGUAGACCAGACUGGCCUCCAACUCACAGAGAUCCGCCUGUCUCUGCUUCCCAAGUGCUGGGAUUAAAGGUGUGCACCACCACUGCCUGGCACUUCUGCACUGUUUUGCAGAUGAGCAAAUAUGAACUCUCUUAAACCUCUGUAUAGACUGCUGGGCUUUCUGUUCUUAGGCCAGAGUUCUGAGUGAGGUGAGUCAGGGAAUCCUCAGGCAUUGGCCUUCCCCAGGUCAGUUUCCGUUUGAGGUUAGGAAGGGUGCAAGACUGAAAAUGAAGGAACUUGAGUAUGCAGCCCAAGAAGUAGGAAGAUGAAACCUGAAUAUAGACCAUUGUCUGUACCAGCAAAAUGCUUGGAGAGUAAAGGUGCCUGCUGCCAA